CUUCAACCCACCUUCCACCGCCGCAAACAUGCGCCUCCUCUCCACCCUCGCCCUCUCGCUGCUUGCGAGCCUCGUCGGCGCCAUCAGCGUCCCCGGCCUCCCCAAGUGCGCGGGCGCUUGCGUGGAUCCGUCGAGGUUGGACGGAUGCCAGUUGCUCCAGGUGAAAUGCAUCUGCACCAACAAGGCCCUGCUGGCCAACUUGUCGUGCUGUCUUUCGGUCAACUGUUCUCCGGCAGAUCAGGCGGAAGCGAUUCAGUUCGCCGACGCCAUCUGCAAGAGCGCGCAGGUCACCGGUCUUCCUACUAGCGCCUCGUGUGCGCCGGGCAUCACCUACACUCCCUCCUCAACUGGCACCUCGACCGGAUCCUCGACCGGCACUGCCAGCGCUGCCACCACCUCCUCUGCCGCCACUACCUCCGCCAGCAGUAGCUCGGCCACCGCCGCAAGCACUUCGAGCGCCAACGCGGCUGUUGGGGGAAGCAUCGGAGGCUCGGAGCUGGGCUGGCUCGUUGCAGGCCUUGCAGCCGUGUUGUGAUUGUGGUCAGGGAAAGCCUGAAGCAAGAUGCAGAACAGCGAGGGAGAGACAAUGUUGGAUGUUUCAAUAAGCGCGGUUGAUAUUUGCGAAUGCAAUGCAAAAG